AUGUAUGCGCCUGGACAUAGCCCUACGUCAUCGAGGCUGGCCAGUCCUACAUCUCACGACUACAAUCCUCGAAAGCGCGGGAGGACUGCGUGCACUCGUUGCAAAACAAGAAAACAAAGGUGCGACAAUGAAUAUCCAAGAUGCUCCAACUGCCAGAAGGCCGGAGUCACGUGCGACAAGACCAGUGUACGAGAAGACGCAGGUCGCCAAGAUGAAUACACGCGCGCACUGGAAGAGCGAGUGGCGUUUCUCGAAGGCAAACUGGGUCACCCUGAACCAUCACCGACCCAAAAUGCCUCUGCUGCAAACGCUACACCCUCGCUAACUCCGCAAACCACGACAUCUGGUUUAGAUAACAAUCCUGUCGGCGAGAUUGUGGGUCUCCUUGCAUUAACCUCGUCUGAAGCACCUGCAUACGUGGGAGCCAGCUCGGGCCUUUCAUUGGCUGCUAACCUCGGAGAGAUGGUUCAAACUAGUGUCUGGAACCAAUUCAUCUCGAGGAUGCAUCAAAGUCCGAAUCCGGGCAUUAUUAAUGCCCCCCAAAGUGCAGCGGUGUCUGAUACAAGCCAGUCACAACCUCAGCCAGGACGGGGCUGUGCCCGUACUCGAGAUCCGGCUAAUAUUGAAUUCCCAAGCGACGAACUUGGAUCGCGGAUUCUCGAGACAUAUUUCGCAAGGCUUCACUCCCGGUAUCCAUUUUUGGAUCGGAAACGAACAUGGCAACUCCAUGAGGACAGAGGACGACUGGCAAAAAUAAAGCGUGAAGACCUCACACAGACUGAUCGAUAUGGGAUAUUCAAGCUUAAUUUGGUCUAUGCUAUUGGUUCCACAAUGCUGCUUCAAAUAACUAGCAAUAAACCAUAUGUGUAUACACAACCUGAGCGAUAUUAUGCCACUGCAUUGCAAUAUGUGCCAACAAUUUGUGACACACGUUCUAUCGAGAAUAUCGAAGCAAUGGUUCUUCUAGUUGUCUAUCAUCUACGUACUGCAUCUAGUCAUGGAAUGUGGUACAUGAUCGGACUUGCCAUGCGAACAGCAAUUGACCUCGGCCUUCAUCGAAAAGCAAACGAAAGCAAUAUGGACCCAUUCGCAGCACAGAUGCGACGAAGACUCUUCUGGACAGUGUACUAUCUCGAGAGAGUUGUAGCAAUGUCGCUUGGCCGACCCUUCAGUGUGUCCGAUCGCCACAUAGAUCUCGACCUGCCAUGGGACGUCGACGACGACGUAGAGGACCCCGCAUUACUCACAGAAUCAACUCAAAACCUGGACCCUACCAAGACAACCAAUCUCACAUUCGCAAUCUACCUCUUCAAACUGCGCCGGAUCGAUUCCCGAAUCCUACACAAGAUCUACCGCGCCGACCGCCUUAUAUCCUCCCUACGACCCAAAAUGGACCCCCUGUACCUCGAACUCGAACAAUGGAAAGAAUCCGCCUUACUACGCUUCAGCGGCCCAGACCUCGACUACCCAAUGCUUCAUUACCACAGAGCCGUCCGACUUCUCAUUCAGCCCUUCUUACCACUUCUCCCAAUAACAGACCCAUACUACCACAUCUGUCUCCGCGCCGCCGGACAAAUCUGCCAAUCCCAAAAACGUCUCCACCAAUCUCUCGAAUACGGGCACUCCUUUCUAGCUGUCCAAACCGUCUUCAUGGCCGGUAUAACCCUCCUCUACGCCCUAUGGACUCAUACCGAACAAGUCUGGUCCGUAAGCAUGAGCAACGACAUUCGCGCCUGCUCAACCGUGUUAUUCGUAAUGGGCGAGCGCGCAGCCUGGGUCAAAAAGUACAGAGACGCCUUCGAGCUACUCGUGAAUGCCGCCAUGGAAAAGCUACAGGGAAACGAGACGGCCCGCAAUACUGGUAUUGCGGAGCUGAUGACCGCCCAGCAUGGCAGUGUCUCUAUGAAUAAUAGUUCUGCCUCCGAUAUGCCCAGUGGGGAGAAGUUCCCGGUGUCGAACCCUUCAGGCUUGGCGCCUGAAACUGGCGGUGUCGGGACUUAUCCGGCUGAUGAUUCGGGCCAUGCUGUUAGGAUGGCGUUGCAGCUUGCGCCUUGGAUUGAUCAGGAUGAGAGCGAUCCUAUGUGGAUGCCGGAUUUUGAGACAUUGGAAAAUUUGUCUGGGACAUUUUGGAGUCAUGCCGAUAUGACGCUUUUUGAUGCUCUAUAG